AUGCAGAGUCUUUCCACCACAUCAGGUUUCAUUGCUAUUAUUUCCUCCCUCCUAAUUGCCGACCGCUUUCCCGGUGUGGUCAACGGGGACUGCUGGCUCAUUGAGGGGGACAAAGGUUACGUGUGGUUGGCUAUCUGCAGUCAGAACCAACCACCGUACGAGACAAUCCCACAACACAUCAACAACACUGUCCAUGACUUGAGACUCAAUGAGAACAAACUUAAAGCUGUGUCCCUAAACUCCAUGUACCGAUUCACCAACCUCACAGAUCAUCUGACCAAGAAUGAAAUCAGCUACAUCGAAGAUGGCGCCUUUUCGGGACAAGCUAACCUACAGGUCCUACAGCUGGGCUACAACAAACUAACCAACCUGACAGAGGGUAUGAUGAGGGGGCUCAGCCGAAUGCAAUGUCUAUUCCUCCAGCAUAAUCUAAUUGAGGUUAUCGCCAGCAAUGCAUUCUGGGAGUGCCCCAGCCUUAGCAGCAUUGAUCUGUCAUCCAACAAACUUGGCCGGAUUGAUCCCUCGACAUUUACAGUUCUAAAUCACCUAAUGGUUUGCGAACUAGCAGCAAAUCCUUUCCAUUGUGGCUGUGAUCUUUACAGUUUCCUUAUCUGGCUGGAAUCUUUCAACAACGUCACGCACACCUACGAUCGUCUUCAGUGCGAGACACCCCGGGAGAUGUUCGGCUUUCCCCUACUGAGCCCCAUUGCUUCCGGUCAUGCCGCUCGAAAUGCCAAAAACAUCUUAUUCUCCCACUGCAGAGACGGAGUGAUGAUUCCUGGAAUGACAUCCCUCCCGCCAGACCUGGAUGGUCCUUCUGGGAUGGGUCCAGAUAUGUACGGUGGUGUGGGUCCUUACCACCAGCCAAACACCUCCACAGGGGUAGAAAACAACUUCAUUCCAAGCAUCAAGCUCCAUCAGGUGUCUUUGUCAUCAGCGUCUCUCGUCCAGAUUCCGAGGCCCUUCAGCAAAAUGUAUAUUCUAACACAGUACAACCACACGUAUGUGUCUGAUGUUAUGACUAAGAACAACAAGGAAAAGAUCACCCUCAGCAAGCUCACACACACCAAUUACACCUUCUGUGUCGCAUCCAUCCGUAACUCUCAAAGAUAUAAUCACACCUGCCUCACGUUUUCCACUCGCUCCGAGAAUACUCCCACACCUUCCACCACUACACACUACAUCAUGACAAUAGUGGGCUGCCUAUUUGGCAUGCUCAUUGUUUUGGGCUUUGUCUAUUACUGUUUACGAAAGAAACGUAUGCAUGAUGAGAAGAAGAAGGUUAUCUGUGUCAAGAAAACUAUUCUGGAGAUGCGCUACGGACCUCAGGUGGCAGCAGCAGUUGCAAAUGAUCCAGCAGCAGUCCACAAGCUGCAGGAACACUCCAGAGAGAACCAUCAAUAUCAUCACCACCAUGGGGGAAAGCUACCCAUGUCUACAUCCUCGAGCACUGGAAUGCUUCACUCAGCUAACACCAGUUCCUCAAGACUGUCGUCUAUCCCCCAAGUGGAAAAAAUGGCCACGGCUUUCUCAGAGGCCAUGGGAAGUAAGGGGAACUACAUGGAUAUCAGAAGUGGGGGGGCAGGGAUGGAGAGGCUCGGAGACAGUGGGCAUGGAGUGAUGAGAGGGGAUGAUUUAAAGGAUGAUGGAACUGAUGUUGGAGAAGACUCUGAGGACGAUGGGCAUGGCUCAGCAUCGGAGAUCUCGACCAUUGCAAUGGAGGUGGACAAAGUCAACCAGAUUAUUAACAACUGCAUUGAUGCACUGAAGCUAGACGCAGCAGCUGUUGCAGCUUCAGGCUCCUCUCCAAAUCCUACACCUUCCUCCAACCCUAUCCCAACCCCAAACAGCUCAUCCGCUCUUACCCGUGGCUUGAUUACUCUUUCACAAGGGAUGACGGACUCAUGCCAAGGUAACAAAAUCCCACCUCCACCCCCGCUCCCUGCCUUGAACCCACUUUCUGAGCGCCCAGGGAUCAGCGGUGGUGGCUUCGUCGUCACCCCUCCCUACAGACCGCCACCACCGGCCAACGCUGUACGCCCCAUUCAGCGCCAAAUGAGUGCGGAUGCAGCUGUGGUGAUUGUGAACGCCGUCAAGAAACAGACCAGCACCAACUCUUGUGGCUCUGUAGGCCGGGACAGGGAGCGUGGCGGAGCUCGUGUCUAUAGUCUAGAUGUUCCAGAGCCAAGGAGUCCAGAUGCCUGUAAUCAACAGCAAUACUCAGACCGGGCCAGUCCUGUGGGCUGUGGGGAGCCCCUGGAAAGACUGCCGUUAGUGGGGAGUAUGAGCUGCACUGGAGGGGGUGGCGGUGGUUGCGACAGUGGUGGUGUUGGUGCCCAACAUCAGGAAAACCAAAAUGCCCAUCAUUAUCAUCAACAGCAACAGCAGUUGGAUGUGCAGCAGGACUACCACUGCUCAGAGCACCGCCACUCUGUCCCAGCUCUCUACUACGACGGCUCCCACCAGGGGUCCCCAGCCCAGAGGGUUUCCUUCCUAAAGCCGCUAUCACGCUCCCGUAGGGAUGCAGCAUCUUACUCCCAGCUUUCGCCGGCUCGCCACCAUUCUAGUUACUCCGGCUACUCCUCCAGUCCUGAGUACUCCUCGGAGAGCACACUGAGGAUCUGGGAGCGCUUCCGUCCUUACCGUAAAGGCCAGCGUGAUGAGGCUUGUUACGUAACGGCCGGGAACGCCCUUCGGAAGAAGGUGCAAUUUGCUAAAGGCGAGGACCUGCAUGACAUCCUGGAUUACUGGAAGGGUGUAUCGGCACAGCAAAAGCUUUGACUGGGGGACCAGUAUUAAGCAUUGUUUGUUUACUUCUGGUUCUACUUUGCCAUUUGUAGGAUGGAGAACCUUCUUAAAGGUAGAGAGAAGAAAAAUCUUGGACACUACUUUGCCUUUUCGUCUUUUUGGCAUGCUCUGUGUAUAGGAUAUUGUGCUUCGAGCACAGACUGUGCAACUGUGCCUGGGACACCUGGGAUAUAACUCACAAUGGCUUUUUUAUUUUACAAUUCAUUGUAGCACCGUUUAUAGAACAUUUUACAUUUUCAGGUUUUGUUUAUCUCACAAAUAGCAAAUGUUAACAGUUUAAUAAUAUUUGCGUGACCACGUUUUGGGAUCUUUUAGACCGUACUUGCUCAGUGCCAUGUGUUUUAAUCUUUGGGCAAUCACCGGUGUUAAAUUGGAAGGACUCAUCACUGGAGCUGGGAGGUUUACAUAAUGCAGCACGUGGAUAUAUUUAGACCCGAGUGGAAGUUACUCUGUUGGAGGUGACCACAUGCUGAACUGUUGACAGAGUUGUCAAAUGCAGGCUGGACGUACCAGAUGGGGCAGAGACAUUUGCAUUUCAACAGCUAAUGCACACACGGAGAAGUAAAUACAUCAAUUGUGGCCAUGAUAAAAGGAAAUCUGCGGUUUAACGUCAGUAUGAAAGAUUGAAAUCAGUGCGUAGCAUUUUUUUUUUCUUAAUUAUUAUGUCAACAAGUGAUGCAAAUGGGAUUUUGUGAGAAUCCGUGGAAGAUCAUACAGCAGGAGAAGACAAGUAACAGUACAUUCCAAAUCAUUUAACAUUUAAAUGUAAUAACACAGGGGGGGAAAAACCCUUUUAAUAUUACUGCCAACAUCUCUUUUCAGUUAUCUUCUAAUGUCAAUUGACUCAAUUAUCCAUCUCGUGACAGGCAUGUUCGCUUAUGGUUUAUAACCGUGUGUGUGUGUUUAGUACACAGUGGUCAGUGUAAGUGGGUGUUGGCAUGCCUUGUCAGAUUAUAUUGUCUGCGCCCAAAUUGAUUUUAAUUCAUACUUGUGAAUAUAUAAUGGAUGUCUGGCUGUGUAUAACUAAUGCCACAUGACUAAACAUGUGGAUGAAUGCACAAAUAACAACAGUUAUUUCUCAGACAUACUGUACAUGGUGACACUCAGCUAUUCUUAAGCAGCACAGUGCCUCUUGCUACUGUUCGAGCACCAUUAUCCAAUUUUUGUUGGCCUUUUGCAAAGAUCCGCCCAAACCGCUGUGAAACAUGACCAUUCUUGGUCGUUUAACUGCUACCGUAAAAUGUGAAAAACUCAAGUGAUCCUUGCCUCAUAUUUCUAUUUAGGGCUAAACUCCACAGAAAACUGCUUAGAGACAUUCAAGGUGUUUUUUAUUGUUUCUUGUCUUGUACAUAUGAGUUGUAAGGGAAAGAAAGCUUGGGACGCUUUAACCGUAAGCAUAUCUGCCACAUAAAGCAAAAACAUACAUAUAUAUAUAUUUUCUAUUUUUUCCCUGAAGUCAUCUUUCCUUAAGCUGUUCUCAGAAGAAUUAAGUAGGAUUUUGUACAAAAAGUAAUUAACUAUGAAAAAAUAGUAAAGAAGUACUAUUGGAUUUCUUGGAACAAAGGCAUUGGAAACAAAUCAAAUUAAACUUUUGUUUUUCUUCAUUUGUAUGUUGAGAAGAACAAUGCUGCAUUUAGGGGUUCCAGUUGGACUAAGAGUGGGCAAACGGUUCUAUGUUUUUAAAAGAUAGACUGGGCCAUUGCAAGUAUAACAUAGGGAUGAUAUGCAUUUCCCGACUUAAUCAUUUAACAAAUCAACAACUGAAUGUUGGGAUGUGGCUUAUUAUAGUUGCGCUUAUUGACAUGCUGCAACGUUGCAGUUAGGUUAAAGUUCUCAGGUUGACACAGACGUGUUGGCAGAAUUCACCAUCCUGUCAUACCACAUAGCUCGUUAGAGAUGGGAUUGCAAUUAUAAUAAAAUGUACCGUAUUUUCCGGACUAUGAGGCGCACUUAAAAUCUUUUUUUUUUUCCAAAACUCGACAG